AUGUUAUAUUUUUCUCCCAUCCUUCCUCUCUUUUCAACAGGUUCUAGCUCCCCAGCUACCAAGAACAAUGUGAAUCAACCUCUGGACAAUAUUUCCAGACGUUCCGAGUGGAAAUCCGUCCAGAUAAGCCCUGUAAAAGAACACUCGGCCAAAACAGCAGAUAAUACUGAAAAUAACCACAACCUGGAGAAGCGGGUGUUUACUUCGCCUCACAUGAAACGGACCUUCACACUAGCGCUGGAGAAUACCUUCUACGCUAUGGCCUGGCUGAUAGACUUCAGCUUUAGCGAUGAUGGCGAACCCCACUUCAGCUAUAAACUGCAGUCGUUUAAUCACGAAGACAACCCACCUAAAAUAUUAGCCGAUGUCGUGGUUCCGCUCAUUACAACGUCCUACAACAGCGCAAAUCAGUAUCGCGGCAAAGCGAAUGUUGAACUUCUUUGUCAUCUAGCAAAGGAAUACGUCCAUGUCUAUUUUAGUGUGGAAGUCUUUGCCUCUGGUGCAUCAUUCGUGAUUGGCAAAAUCAUUGAUUAUCCUACAGUUUACGUUAAUAAUCAAUUUAGGAAGGUUGUAAAAUUUGAUAUUGCGGGUGCAAUAUAA